UGUAAGGGAACAAUUAGUCCAAAUCUUCCUUCCUACCCUUUGCAGUUUUCUGUCAUACUCAUACUCACUUUGACUCAAUCUUUAACCCAUAUCUACUAUUAUUCCCAAACCUCUCUCCUGACUUCUCCUCACUUUCACCCUCACUUACUAACCAGUUAUCCCUCCUAAGCCUCCUGACACCCUAGAAACUACCCUUUUCCGUCUCGCACAUCCCUUCUUUUCUUCUCGUUAAGAGUCUCAUUUGUGUUUCAUAACACUUCACUUCACCCCCAACAGGUUACACUUAACGAACUUUGAAGGGGGACUGUAGUUCGGUCCUCUGCUGUACCUGCACGGUGGUAUUUACAUAACGCAUUCAGAAGCAGAGGUGUCAUUGGCUGUUUAUCUGUGCUGCAGUAAAUUGGAUCCCGUAGGAAAUGAAAACCCGCAGGAUAGAGAACGCUACCAACGAAGUUUAACAGAAGUCUUGAGUUGCUGUGUAAUACUACAAUGAUGGACACGUCAGAAACUGAGAAUGUUGAUGGAGAAGAACCGACUAUUGAAUUGAGACCCAGGACGAGAUCAAACCCUGAGGGAGCAGAGGACAGAAGAAGUAAUCCUCAGAGUAUUGUGGGUAGCAGGAGUGAGGGAGAAGGGGAAGCAGCUAGCACUGAGACCCAGACAUCUGCUCCUACUACUACUAAUGCUACUGAACGUAUUAAGCAGCAGGCUCCCAGUUCGACAACUGAAUGCCAUGUCAAAACGCCAAGGGUUAACUGUCCAGAGAAAGUCAUAAUCUGCUUAGACCUGUCGGAAGAAAUGUCAUUGCAGAAGCUAGAGUCUUUCAAUGGGUCAAAAGCAAAUGCGUUGAAUAUUUCCCAGAAGAUGAUAGAGAUGUUUGUGAGGACGAAACACAAAAUUGACAAGAGGCAUGAAUUUGCCUUGCUGGUGAUGAAUGAUGAUGCUACUUGGCUUUCUGGCUUCACGUCUGACCCACGGGAAGUUUGCAGUUGCUUGUAUGACCUGGAGACAAACAUCUGUGAAACAUUCAAUCUUGAAGGCCUAUUCAAUCUAAUUCAACAAAAAAUUGAUUUACCAGUCACUGAAAACAUUCAUACAAUUCCACCACCAUAUGUUGUCAGAGCUGUUCUGAUUUACAGCCGAGCACCUUCUCAGCAACAGUUCACAGUAACAGAAUCCAUGAAAAUAUUGCAGUCUGCAUAUUUCUUUUUUGAUGUGAUUUACAUUCACAAUGGGGCAGAAGAAAAAGACGAAGAGGUGAGCUGGAAGGAUACUUUUAGUUUCUUUGGCAACUUGGAUCCCAAAGGAACAAGUUACAAGUAUGACGUAUCUCUGACUGGUCCAGCGGUAGAACUACACAACUGCAUGGCAAAGUUAUUGUCACAUCCGCUCCAAAGACCCUUCCAAAUGCAUGCCUCCUACAGUCUCCUGGAGGAUGAAGAACCUAUAGAAACUGAGGCAACAGUGUAAUCAGGAUGUGUUGCUGCACUUCUGUAAAGUUGCCUUGGUUGGCUGAAAAUUGUGGCUGCUGUUUUUGUGCAGAAGACUGGUUACAGUAGUGCAGGUUGCACCUGGUUCCAGCUGCAGUUCAUUUUUUUUGUAUCAACUUUGCAUUCACAUAUAACAAAUACAGUCUGUUGUUGAAGUCACAUUGAAAAUAUUCCUGAAACAUUUCUAAAGGCAUUUUAAAUAUAUUUGAUUUUGUAUGAAGACUACUAGUUUGUUGCAAUGUUCUUUAAGAUAUUUGUACUCCUAAAGGUUGACAAACUUGCAUAUAUUUUCAAUACCAUAUUUAUUUGCUUUUCACGGAGAAUAAAAAUGUGAAAAAAGGUAA